AUGAAUACCAAGGAUUUCUUUGUAACAAUCUCCUCUAGUCCACGAAAGCCGUGCAGAUUAGAUUGGGCUGAAUCAUCGUAUCUACGAUGGAUUUAUGUGGCAUUUUGGUGGUGGUUAAAUCCUUUGUUAAAUAUGGGUUCGAAACAUAAAUUAACAGAUAAUGAUUUAUUCGAUUUAUCACCAAAUGAUGAAUGCAGUCGAUUAUUGAACAAACUCGAAACAGUCUGGGCAACAUAUGACCACAUGAAUACAUGGAAAAUCGUUGCAAAAACCUUUUGGAAAGAAAGUUUCAGAACAGGUCUCAUUCUAUUUCCGUAUUUUGCUGCAAAAAUUGCUCAACCAUUACUUUUAAAACGGAUCGUUCUGACUAUCACGGAUAUUAACGCACCUUCUUACGUCAGUUAUUUAUAUGCCAUUGGUUUAGGACUUGUGAAAACUAUUCUCGUACUGUUACAUCAUCAAUAUUUCUUUCGUACAACACGAAUCGGAAUGCAUAUACGUAUUUCACUGUCAACUCUGAUUUAUAAACGAUUAUUAUCAUUACCAACGGGUGCUAUUCGUGAAACAACAACAACAGGUCAAUUGGUUAAUUUAAUAUCCAAUGAUGUUAGUAAAUUUGAUAUUCUAUGCACGUAUAUUCAUCAUCUCUGGGCAGGACCCUUACAAGCAUUGGUUAUUUUUGGUUUAAUCUGGAAUGAGAUCGGUCUGGCGACUUUGUUCGGUUAUGCGAUAUUUUUACUACAAAUACCAUUACAAUUGUUUUUCAGUAGGAAAUUUCAAAUGUAUCGGAAGAAUACAAUGCAGUGGUCGGAUGAGCGUGUAAAGAUGAUCAAUGAGAUCUUAGUCGGUGGUCAAAUUGUGAAAAUGUAUCAAUGGGAAGAAGCAUUCGAGAAUGUUAUUCAAAAUUUGAGAACAAGAGAAUUUGGAAGCAUUCGAAAAGCAAAUCGAAUUCGAGCGAUUAAUAUGGCCAUACAUUUCCUAUCGUUAUCAUUAGUUUCAUUGGUUACUUUUGGUGGAAGUUGGUUAAUGGGUCAACGAUUAUCGAAUGCGAAUAUAUUUACCAUUUUAUCUUUUUUUGGUAUUAUGAGAGAUCCAUUGACGAUUGGCUUUCCUUAUGCUAUCGAGACCAUUAGUGAAUGUCUCAUUGCGUCCAGACGCAUCGAUCAAUUUAUGAAUUUAUUCGAGCAGAUUCGGGUGAAUACAUCACAAGAGCAGCCACGAGAUUAUCAUCGUCGUCAACCAGGUAGUAUCGUUAUGAACCAGGCUUCAUUUACAUGGGAUUCUACUCAAUCAGCUCAGUUAACGAACAUUGAUCUCGAUGUCAAUGGUGGUUCAUUGGUUGGUAUUAUAGGAGCAAACGGUUCUGGUAAAUCCUCUCUUAUAACAGCACUACUCGGUGAAAUGUCCCUAGUUCAAGGUUCUAGUAAGAUCUAUGGUCAAAUCGCCUAUGUAUCCCAAACUCCAUGGAUAUUUGCUGGUACCAUUCGUGAUAACAUCUUAUUUUGUAAACCUUUCGAAAAAGAAAAAUAUGAACGUGUCUUACACGUAUGUUGUUUAGUACCAGAUUUACAAACAUUUUCAGCAGGUGAUGCAACAAUCAUCGGAGAAAAAGGAGUCAAUUUAAGUGGCGGACAAAAAGCACGUGUUUCAUUGGCUCGAGCUUUAUAUACCGAUGCUGAUAUUUAUUUAUUUGAUGAUCCUCUAGCAGCCGUGGAUCCAACAGUUGCUCAGAAAAUUUUUCACCAAUGUAUUAGUAAUGAAGGUAUUCUCAAUGGUAAAACACGUUUGUUAGUCACACACCAUAUAGGAUUUUUACCAGAAUUCGAUCAUUGUAUCCUAUUCGAUCAUGGUCGAAUAGAAAAACAAGGUUUAUUUGAUGAAUUAUUAACAAUCGAUACGGUGAAACAAUCCUAUGAAAACGAACAAAAACAUACCAACGAAACAGGAAACACCAAUCAACGAAACGAUCAGAAUCCUACGAAACGAAUAGAAACUCUCGAUAAAAAUAGUAUUGUCGCCGAGGAAACAUCCGUGAGUGGAAGGGUGAGUGGCUAUAUUUGGCUAAAACUAUUCACUUCUAGUUACGGUCGGCUCGGAUUGAUAUUAUUACUUGUUUUAAUGCUGUCCGGUCAAGGUCUCUACGAUGCCACGAAUAAAUGGCUAAGUAUUUGGUCGUCAAAAUUGGAAGACGAGCAACGUCAAAGUCAAUAUCCAUACACAUACUUGGGACUAGUUAUUGGCACAUGUCUCAUUGCCAUCAUUCGUGCUGAUUAUUUUUUCCAUGUUAUAUUACGCGGCGCAUCUGCAUUUCAUAAUAGCAUGUUCAAAGGUGUUCUAUACAGUUCAUUGCGAUUUUAUGAGAGUAAUCCAGUUGGUCGUGUCUUAAAUCGAUUUAGUAAAGAUCAACAAGUUCUCGAUGAAUUAUUACCAGUGACAUUUUUAGAUGCUAUGCAAUCACUGAUCAUGGUGUUAGGUAGUAUGGUGAUUAUUGGAAUGACAAAUCCUUGGGUGUUGUUCAUCUUGAUCAUCCUUAUUCCAACAUUUCUUUGGUUGAGAAGAACUUAUCUGAGAAUAAGUCGAGAAGUGAAACGAUUGGAUAGUGUUAGUCGAAGUCCUAUCUAUGCGUUGUUCUCGUCAUCACUGAGUGGACUGAUGACGAUUCGAGCAUUCAAAGUACAAGAUGACUUUCUCAAUUCAUUUAUGGACAAAAUUAAUACCAAUACGCGUGCAGUAUUCAUAUUCAUUUGUUCCAGUCGAUGGUUCGGUUUACGAUUAGACUUGUUGACUUGUUGUUUAACAUUUCUGACUGCCAUUUUAUCUGUUAUCUUACGUCAGAAUCUCGAUCCUUCAGCAAUUGCAUUGGGUUUAGUGUACGUUAUCAAUCUGUCGGAACUCUUUCAAUGGGGAGUGCGUCAAUCAGCUGAAACUGAAAACUAUAUGAUCAGUGCUGAGAGAAUCGAUGAAUACUCUCACACACCACCAGAACCAGGUUUUUAUCAAGAAGAAUUCGUACCACCAUCGAACUGGCCAACGGAAGGUAGAAUUGAAUUCAAUGAUUUUCAAUUACGUUAUCGUCCAGAACUCGAACCAGUAUUGAAAGGUAUCAGUUUACGAAUAGAACCGCGUAGUAAAAUUGGUAUUAUUGGACGUACAGGUGCUGGAAAAUCGUCUAUUUUUCAAGCACUCCUUCGAUUAACUGAUAAAGCUACAACGAAUGGUCAAAUACUGAUUGAUGGAAUCGAUAUUAGUAAAAUUAGUUUGAAUCAUUUACGGUCCAAUUUAAAUAUCAUUCCUCAAUCACCCGUCUUAUUUAGUAAUACACUUCGAUAUAACUUAGAUCCAUUUCAUCAUUAUACGGAUAGACAAGUUUGGGACGCAUUAGAAGCAGUUCAAUUAAAAACCAAGAUUCUCAGUUUAAAAGAUCAAUUGAACACACCAAUAGCAGAAUAUGGAAGUAAUUUUAGCGUUGGUGAAUAUUGUGUUACUCCUAUCUUGUUAUGUUAUCCCACUAAUGAUUGGAAAUUACUCUAG